CGGAUUAAGUUUGUAUCCCGAGGUACCACUGUAUCUUCCUUUUAGCAGCCUAAACACAGAACCCCCCAACUUUCACAUUUUAAAACAGAACAAAGUACUGGAAAAGAGCCUUCCUUAGUAUCCUUACCUUUUUUAAUUGUAAUAUUAAUUCUUUAAUUGUUGGUUGUUUUUUAUAUUAUUGUUUUUUAAAGAAAGUUAUUGUGCGCCACCCGGAGUCGCAGUUUGUGAGAUGGGCAGCUGUAUAAAUGUGACAAAUAAAUAAACAAAUUUUGGUGCCUCCAGUGGUUUGAGAUUACAAUUCUUGUGUUUUUUUGGGAAAUAGUCUAACAGCUGAAGGGUUGUAGGUUGCAAAGAAGAGACAAGCAUACUGCUAGCACUAUCCUGAGUAGAGGGCCCUGGGACUUUGCAACAAGAGCAUUUGGGUAAAGGGCCCACUUAUUUCUGCUUUUAGCUCACAAGGGCAGUAGUUCCAUGUUGAUAGCAAAAUGCCAGCCAUUUGUGAGAGGCAGGGUCCAUGGAGAGAACUACCAAAAUAUUCACAACUACAAAAAAACUACCUCUAAAAACAGUUGAGUGUGAACUGACCAUGAUAAGCUGCAGUGGGAAGAGAGGGUGGCCUAGAUGUAUUUGGAAAAGGAUGUUGGCUGAAGGCACGGGAGUAUGUUCCACAUUGCAAUGGUGUCUGUGUUAUUUUAAAAGUUAAUCAUCCUGGCUUGAAUAUUAACUCUUUAUCCAUCAAUCCAAUCAUUUGUGUGUACAGAAUGAGUUUUCCCACUACACCUUUAUCUUUUCAACCCUUUGUGCCUCCCUCAAAAUCUCUUAUAGUUCAGAAGAUGUGGAAUGUGGGGUACAGGAUGGGCCUGGCAGAAGCGAUAUGCACCAAGAACUAGUUAAGAGGCAGCCCUUCUUUACAGCUUGAACUAAUUUAACAUGCAUUAAAGCUUUUUGAUAAUUAAAAAAUCUUUACAAUUAUUGGUCAUUGACCAGGUGAAAAAAAUGUUUUUGACUGCUCAGGUGCCCAAUCCUAAUUGAUCUAUAGCCUUAGAAAUAUUAUCUAGGUUUACAUAUUUUACUAAGCUAUAGCGUGGUUUGGUUUUGACUUGACUUGUUCAGGGAACCCACCCAUUGCUUUCUAUUUGCAUUGGAGUACAAAUGCACUUUUUAAUAUAAAGACAUAUAGAGCCAUUACUUCUAAAAAGAUAGAUAGUAUCUAUCUUGGCAAAUUCUCUAUUGCAUUAAAUUAUGUUUUGUGGAGCCUGAAUUUCAGACAGGUUGGUUCAAGAAAGCCGGAUUUGUCCGUAAGACCUUCCAACUACAGAAAGAGAAAAAUUGAUUGAGCCAUGGUAGCAGAAAAGUUGCUGCCAAGAAAUGGACGUGUGUCUGAUGACGUGGAUUAUUUCUGACACUGUGUUAUUUCUAUGUCUAUAUAAUGUAAUAUUAAAUAUAUCUAUUUGAGCAGGAAUCUAAAGAUAAAAAAUGUGCUUUUUAUUUUAAAGUUCAAAGUUUCAAAAGACACAGAAAUUGCAUAAAGGUUGCAUGGGCAAGCAGCUGAUACCUUCUCGCUCUAAUGGAAAUUCGGGGCAGAAUGGAAGUUGUCGGAUCUUCUAUCGUGUGACUUACACCUGGAACCGAGGUGGGAGGUUGAAAGAACUUCGCAUUAGACACCUGGCAAGGAAGUUUCUGUAUCUGUGGAAGAAGAAGACAUUUGGAAGAGUUCUGCCAUCCAAAGCUAGGUCCUAUUUUGUUCAGAAGACACUGCAGAAAACCUUUGGAGAGUGGAAGGAGGAAUGGUGGGUUCUUUGCAGAGAAUGGAAGCUUAUCAUCAGAGCCGACUGCCAUUACAGGUAUUUCCUCUACAACAAGAUGUUUCAGGCUUGGAGGUCCCACCUGCUCCAGCAACGCGCCAAGAAGAUCACCUACCGUAUUGCAGCAGCCCACGCAACUAAGCAGAGAAUCCUUGGGACUUGGCAGCGUUGGCUGAGCUACGUUGAGCUGCGCAGGAUGAAGCACCAGAUGCACCGGGAGGCGCUGCAGUUCCAGCAGCAGAGCACCCUGCGACUCUCGUGGAGAUUGUGGCAGAAGCGACGGUGCCAGAGUCAGGUUUACCAUGUGAUGGAUAACCAGGCCCUCCGGCAGUGGGCACGCAGCGUGCAACUUCGUGCCUGGCUGCAGUGGAAGGCCCUCUACACCCAACUCCAGCGGGAGAAGGCGGCAGCUGGCUGGGCAGCGAGGGCCCUGCAGCGCUGGAAGAUGCGGAAGGGCCUGGAGUCCUGGCUCCGUUAUGUGAACCAGCGGAGAGAGAAGCGGCGCAACAGCCGGCUGGCUUUGCAGCACCACCGCACCCAGCUGCUCCUGUGGCACUUCUCAGCCUGGCAGCUGGCACGGCAACACAAGAAGCGGUCGGAGCACCUUGCCCAGCUUGCAGCUGGCGUAGCUCUGCGAAGGGCUUUUGCGCACUGGGAGCUCUACGUGGCAUCGUGUGCCGAAGCAGCGGGGCGUUAUGGGCUGGCUGAAAGCCACUAUAACCGCAGCCUGCUGAGUUGUGGGUUUCGCGCCUUGCGGAGGAACGUCAGGGAAGCUUCCCUCAAGCAAGUGAGAAGGAAUUUGGCUUGUCAGCAGCACCGAGUCACGCUCACGUGCAGGUUCUGGGCUUGCUGGAAGUCUCGCCUGGAGCGGAAGGAGGAAGAGCAGCACCACUCCUUGGCUCUGGCAGCCGUUUCUCACCACAGCCUGGGGCUGCUGCGGAAGUGUCUGUGGACCUGGAGACAGCGAGCCUGCGGGGAAAGAUGCAGGAAGUUCCAGUAUGCCCAAGCCAGCCAGCAUCACAAGACUGUGGUCUUGUCUGCCACCUUUCUGGCCUGGAAGCUGUUCCGAGAUCAUCAGCGCUGGUGGAGCGGAAUGAAGGGGGUGGCUGCGUGCUAUCACAGGGAGAUGUGGACCAGGCGAUUCUUUGAGAGGUGGCUGUUGAGACAGCGUGAGCAGCACGAGGGACGAGCGGCAGGGAAGAUGGCAACGUUGCAUGCUGAACGGCGGCUUUUGUCCCAGUUCUGGGGCCGGUGGCACGGGGCAACCGUGGCCUGGCUGGAAAAGCGAGAGCAUACCUCCUUGGCCAGGGUACAUCACAGGCAUUGGGUCCUUCAGGCCGCUUUCCACCUCUGGAGGGAGAAUGUCUGGGAAAUUAAAAGAGGGCGGGUGAAGGAGGCAGAAGCAUGGCAGUUCCAUUUUGAGAAGCUCCUGCAGCGUUCGUGGAGGAAAUGGCGGCAGUACCUGACGCAGAAGUCUGAGAAGUGGAAGAAGAUGGCAAGAGCCGAGGGGCACUACCAGCAGACCUUGCUGGGCAGGAUCAUGGCAGCUUGGAAGGCUUACCAGAAUAACACUCGGCAUGUCUUUCAGCAAGUGGCCGAGAAGGAGAGAGGCCAUCGCCAGGAGCUGCUGCGGCAGGUGCUGCGUUCCUGGAAGGAAAACGCUGCCGAUCUCAGGCGGGAGGCCAAGGGAGCUGCCCUGGCUGGGCAUCAUUUCAGAAGAGUCGUUCUCUCCAAGGCGUUGCUCCAGUGGAGAGAGGCGGCCGCGGUGCGUGCCGAUAACCGAGAAAGGGCAGCAGUGGCCGAGAAGGAUGCCAGGAGGCGCUUGCAGGCAGUGAGGCUGCGGGGGCUGUUUCUCCGCUGGAAGGAGGCCGCUGCCGGCUCUUCUCAGCAGAGGGGGCUGCUUGCCGCGGCAGCCCAGCACCGCAGGAGGCAGCUGCUUGGCUGGGGCCUGGAGAGGUGGAGGCGGUAUCACCUCUGCUCCAUAAGGGUCACGCUGCUGCAGAGACAAGGGGAGCGGCUGUUGGCCUGGAGACGCUGCUCCUCUGCCUUUUCCUCCUGGAAGGUGCAGCUGGCGGGCAGGCGGCGGGAGCGGCAGCAGACCGUGUGGGCCCUGUGGCACUGGUCCCGGACUCUCCAGCGGAAGGUGCUUGGGGCCUGGAGAGGCUUUGUGCGGGAGCAGCAGCGGAAGAAGAGUCGGGUUGCGCAGGCGGCUGAGAGCUACCAGGCGGAGCUGCUGCGGGAGGGGGUCAGCCGCAUCCUGAGAUACGUGGCCGCCGUGAAGCAGCACCGAGGGCAGCUUCAAGCCCAGUAUCAGCUGAAGGCUGCCUGUCAGCGUCACCACUUGGUCUACCGUUGUGCCAUGACGUGGAAGCAGAAGGCGCUUUGCCGGAAGCCCAGCCCGGCACUUUUGGGUGCUCCCGCCAAGAAGCACGUGACUUUCGAGGUGCCAAGGCCAGGCCUCGUCCCUGCUGGACUGCCCAGGGGGAAGGUCAGCCUUUCCGGUGUGCCGAGCGACUGCCAGGCUGCUGGAGACUCCGUCCUGACAGGCUUGUACGCGGCUCGCCAGGUGAGGCUGCAGCCUCGUAGACCCGAUUUCCUGCUACCAUUUCCUGAGAGUAGGGAGCUGCCUCAGCCAGGGAAGGGGCUGGAAACCUCGACUGCUUUUUUUCAGCCAACGGAAGCAGACCCCCUCUUGUCUGCCCCCCCCAGCAGCGGCCCUUCACUAUCCCUUUUCAGUGGCUGCGGUUACUCACCAUGUUCCUUUCCCAAACCUGGGCUGUUGCCCCCUGGAAGUCCUUGGCCCCACGGCCCCACUGGUGCUGCCCCAGAGCUGCGGCCCCCCUCCUCCUUCAUGCUGGGGACGCAGAGGGCGAGCCUCGAGGCGUAGCAUUCCCCCGGCCCUCCUGCUGCAGCCCCUGGCAAGGAGAGGGCAGCCGUGGUUGCAAAGGCUCCUUUGCUUGUGCCUGAAGAUUUUAC